AUGACAACCAAGUUUUUCAGUUUGCUGCUUCUUUUGCUGAGCUCCACAUUCAUUGCAGUAAGUGCUCGACCUUUCAAUAUCAUGAAGCACCGAAACUCUGGUCGUAGAGCAAUUGGAGGUUUCUUUGAUGGGUUAUCUCUUGAAGCCAUCAAAGAAUCGGGCCCUAGCCCAGGUGUGGGGCACCAGUUUACCAACCAACAAACCCUCGGAGGGAUUAAAAGUUCAGGCCCAAGUCCUGUCACAGGAAAUAAAUUCACAAAUGUUGAGAUUCUUGGAGGCAUUAAGGAUUCUGGUCCAAGUCCUGGUACUGGACACAAAUUCACAAAUGUUGAGACUCUCGGAGGGAUUAAGGAUUCCGGCCCAAGUCCUGGUACAGGAAACAAAUUCACAAAUGUUGAGACUCUCGGAGGAAUUAAGGAUUCCGGUCCAACUCCUGGUACAGGAAACAAAUUCACAAAUGUCGAAACUCUCGGAGGAAUUAAAAACUCGGGCCCAAGCCCUGGUACAGGAAACAAAGUAACAAAUGUUGAGAUCCUCGGAGGGAUUAAGGACUCGGGUCCAAGCCCUGGUACAGGAAACAAAUUCACAAAUAUUGAGACUCUUGGAGGGAUUAAAGACUCGGGUCCAAGCCCUGGUACAGGAAACAAAUUCACAAAUAUUGAGACUCUUGGAGGAAUUAAGGACUCAGGCCCAAGCCCUGGUACAGGAAACAAAUUCACAAAUGUUGAAACUCUUGGAGGGAUUAAAGACUCAGGCCCAAGCCCUGGUACAGGAAACAAAUUUACAGAUAACACCCAUCAAUAG